AUUUUGUUAGUGACAUUGUACUACGAGCGGGGUUACCGAAAAGAAGUGGACAUUAACUGCAGUAUAUAAAUUUAACUACAGAUAGUAUAUUGUACUUGUUAGAAUUACCCAGUACUACAAGAAGGCUAGAUCGUUCCUUAUAUCUCUAGUACUCUACAUUACGAUGGCCCGAAAAGUAACAUAUACUACUGUUGCCAUAGUACUUUUGAUGCAGAUGUUUUAUUUCUGUGAAUGCUAUUUAAGACAAGGUGACGAAGGUGUUUGCGAGCUACGUGUUACGGCCAACGAUUUUCGGUCCCGACCUUCGCGUUACUCUGGCAUAGUCGAAAGGGAUGAAACAGGAACUAACUAUUACAUUCUAGUAUGCUGCAAUAAAUAUGAGUAUGACACAGAGUCAGGUCGAUGUAUCCCCACAUGCGAUCCUCCUUGCAUUAAUGGGACCUGCAUUGGCGGGAACACCUGUGUGUGUGAGGCCCCACUGACGCUGAUAGAUGGCAGCUGUGUCGCUCCAACCUGCACGAACUGCGAGCACGGAGACUGCACAGCACCAGACGUGUGCGUAUGCCACCCUGGCUACAUAAGAUCUGAGGGUACCUGCAAGAAAUUCUGCGACAAACCAUGUAUUAGUGGACAAUGUGUGGGGUCUAAUGUAUGCAAAUGCCAUGGCAGUUUCAUGCUGGAUCCCAAUGACUCCUUCAAAUGCAUCCCAUGCGAUGAUAACCAUGAACUUAAGUGUAUUGUGACCUGUCGCCAUGGGUACUGCUUACCACCUACUGACUGUACCUGCGUACCUAGGAAGAAGAGCUCGAUAUUUAAGAUUAAUUUUUAAGAUUUUUGUAUUUUUUUUUUAAUUAUCUUUUGAUUUAUUCAAUGUUUUAAUGUAUAACUUUUUUUAAAUUCAUUGUGAUUUUUUAAUAACAAGAAGAUGAAACUGUAAUUGCUUUUAUUACAUUACAUUAUUAGACUACUAAA